GACAAUGUGAAUAAAUGCGACUGUUACUUUUUGGAAGGUUUUUUGCAAAAAAGUCCAGUGACAUUUAGCUGGCGAAGAACUUAGGCCGAGUACGAAAAAAUCCGGGGAAAAAAUCAAGCUUGGGAAUAUCUUGUAUACUACAGUAUGUAGAUGAGGACGGAAAUGAAUAAGAUCCACCCACCAUGCGGGGAAAUUAUUUCAAAGAGUGUAUAAAAUACUUACCUUAGUACUUUAAACGUUAAAAUGAACUAAAAACUAGAAAAAAUCAUUUUCCGAAAUGUUAGCCGGAAGUAGAGAAAAUUCACAUGACGUGCCAAAUAUAAAUUGUUCAUCUAGAGUGUAAGCCAAUCAGAUUUCUGAAAACUAUUCAUAGUCUGUUGUUAGGAAACAGUCAACAAAUGUGAAUUAAUUUUCAAAAUAUUUAGCUACUCUAAUCGACUCUGCCAAAAUGUCUGGUUUACCAAGGGAAGUUACACGUUGGAUACAGAGUUUGGAUCUCACGUGGCAAGUUAAAACUCCAAAAUGGGAUCUAACAAAUGGAUAUUUAGUUGCUGAGAUAUUUUCCUGGUAUUAUCCUCAAGAAAUCCAGAUGCACUCAUAUAACAACGGGACAUCAUUAGAUUCUAAACAGAGGAAUUGGUCCUUGCUUAAAAUUUUCAUCAAAAGACACAAACUUGAUAUUGAAGAAGAACUUCUUGAGGGAACGAUUCACUGCAAGGAAGGAGCUGCCCAACUUCUUGUGGAAAGAAUAUACAAUAUAUUGACAAACAGAGAGGUUAAGAAAAUGAAUCCAGAGCAUGAGAUAGAUUUCACAGACAGAGCUUACCAGGCUAAGCUUCCUAUGCAUGCAAGGUCAACAGCUUCCCAGGCAGUAAAGAAUAAUCUCAAAACUACAGAAAUAAUGGCUGAUGGCAGCAUUAUACUGAGCCAACAAAAAUCUCAACAUAUAAUAAAUGAUCAUAUAGAGAACAGACGACAUGAGAGAAUGGAGGCCCCUGAAAGAUUUAACAUCAAGCCUACCCUCGGGGAGCUUGCCACUAGAAUCCCCCCACCCCCUGAACCUUCAUACACAAGCAGCAGCCUGGGAAACAAGACACCCAAGAAUGGAAUGAAAACACCAAAAAGUAUUAAUAGCCCAACCAGGGAAAGUACUGUGCAAUUUAAAGAAAUUAAUGUUCAACAAUUAAAUAGACCAAAAGACAUGAGACAACCCCUACAGGCGUGAUAAACUUUACAAUUGGCUUUGAAUACAGUUGCCUAAGCUGGUUGCCCAUGGCAUGGAUAAGUAAUUUUAUGAUGAGGAGUCUAUCCAAACACCCCCCCCCCCAUCACCAGAACAAAUUGUAAAAGAGACAAGGGACAUGGUUGAUCCAAAUGCAUUGACAUAAAGUAACAUGGCUCUGGUACCAAAUAAAGAUUCCACCAUGGAUUUGAGGCUUCUUAUUUUGAGGUAGAAAAAGAGUUUGAGAGAACUCACCAACAUUGCAAGUAACAGAUCAAAAUGUUCUAUCUAGUCUUUGAAAAGCAAUGGUUUCUCAUCAAAUUGGGCUGAGUAUUUACAAGUUGAUUGUUUCAGAUAAUAAAUGUGGAUAUCCACAUUUAUAGAAAAAUAAAAAACUCUAAAUGUAAAAUCUCUGAACUGUAUAUUCCUUGAGUAUAACUUUUUGGAUUGUUAGGAAAUAGAUACUACACAGAUUGGUGUUUGAGACGAAAAUAGUCUAAACAUCAUUUUCAAUUUUUAGAAAUUUGAUCUGACUCUUCUGAUUCUUACUUAAAAUAUAUGAUGAAUUGUAUAGCCAUGCUAUCAAAGCCUAUAUAUGUACAUAGAUGUUAUGAAUCCAAAUAUGGGACUAACAAUAUAUCAUAAAAAUCCUACAGUGAUUGUAAAAAUACAAAAAAAACAUACAUGUACUGUGAUCAUACAUUUGUACGAAAUAAAAUAAAUUAUAGCCUAUUUCUAUGUAAAAACAGUUUUUAGUUUCCAUUAACAAUACAGUAUUGUU